AUGGCCUAUCAUCGUCGAAACUUAAUGGAUCGCAUCAAUGACAUAGACAUUGAGGAUCUGCAAUAUGUGGAGCGUGAUUUGUGUUUCUAUGAAUUGGUAUCAUUGGGAUUUCUGCUUUAUGGUCGGGAAAAAACCACUUCCGAAUAUAUCCUACAAAAACUGAUUGUACUCCAACAAAAUCCACCGAGAGGUAAUGGGCGGGAGGUGGCCAACAGUGAUAUACUACGUAAAUAUGCCACUAUUAAUACACAUACCUGGCAAAUGAGCAUUAUUGAGGCGCUGGCAAUUAUUCGAGCAAAAAAGGUAUUACGAAAAUUAGGGUUCGUUUGGAAGGAACUGCGUGAUAUCUAUCUGCCACAUUUACCCGAAAUAAGUGUACACAUACAUCCGUUGCUAAAGGCCCUCUAUAAGAUUUGCGAACGUCUGUCCAUUGCCCAGGCCGGUCGAAUGGUAAUGAAAAUCAAUGAAAUGUAUUUACGACACGAAGCACAAAGUUUACGUUUCUACGAUUAUAGCUAUUUGGAGGUGUUUCUAUUGUUUUGGAUAACACGUGAUGUCAUUGCCAUUGGCAAUGAUAGUUUGCAGGGAGCAGAUGUAUUGAAUUUAAUUGGCUAUUUUAAAGUUAAUGAUUUGGAAACGAUGAAAACCAUUUUGGUUGAGACAAUUAAUCAUAAUACGGGCCGGAGGAUGGCUAAUGCGGUGGCAAGUGAUUCAAACAGGAAAUUCGUGGCGACAUCUGUAACAACAACUGCUAAUGUGUCAAAUGGUGGUCGCCAAGAUACUGAUUCUAAUCAGGAUUCGGGUGCUGUAAUGGAUUCGCUUGAUAUGAUUUCGGCAGAACAACAACCACAACAAGCAGUUUUGCCACAGGCAAAUGGUGGUGGUGAUGCUGUAACGGCGGACAUUCAUGCCGAAUUUGAUCAUACCGAACGUUAUGUCAUACGUAAAAACCGGGCUGGAUUUGUUUUGAUUAUCAAUCAAAGUGAAUUCUAUCGGGAUACCAAUCCGGAAGUGAAGGAUCUUCUGCCCAAAAUCCCCUUUAGAAAACAUCGUGCCGGAACGGAUGUUGAUCGUGAUAAACUGCAAGAGCUUUUUUCAUCAUUUGGCUAUACACCGGUGGUGUGCAAUAAUCUAACCCAUGAUGAAAUGUUAAACACCAUACGUGAUACGGUAAAGAGAUCCCUUAUACGAGAUUCCUUAAUUGUCUGUAUACUAACACAUGGCAUGGAAGGUGUGGUCUAUGGUUGUAAUAGUGUACCGGUUAGUAUAAAUUACAUUAAGGCAAUAAUGGCCGACGAAACGCUGAAAGGGAAACCAAAGUUGUUAAUAAUACAAGCGUGUCAAAAGAAUAUAGCUCCCAGCAUAUCAAAUUCGGAACAAAAUCCUCAUCCCGAUGCCUAUGCUGAUAUGUUGACAGCCAUGUCUUCCAUACCUGGUACGGAGGCCAUACGCCACACAAUAACGGGAAGUUGGUUUAUAGAGUCAUUGUGUAAUCUAACCGCUAAAUGGUGUGCACGCAAACACAUGUUGGACAUUUUAACAAAUGUGAACGCGGAUGUGGCCAAAAGACGUGAUGAAAAUGAAUAUAUGUUACCCAUAAUGAGUUCAACAUUACGCAAAGAUUUCUUUUUACCUCCACGGACUUGAU